CCAUGUUGUCAGUACCUUCCGAUUGGCGAAGCGUGAGACGGAAGGAUAGACAAACGGGAAUUAACAAUCGGCCGCCGAUAAUCUGGUGCGGAUUCUCGCAAACGCGAGAGCCGGUCGUAUUGUCAUAACUUUCGCAAGCCGCUUGUCAAGCCGAGAGAUUCGGAGAGAGUCGACGCGAUGUCUGACUCUACGGGUGAUCAUGUAGAUGCGUUGGACGAGGAGCCGGACGUGGAGUCCAGUUAUAAGCCUCCACCGGAAAAAUCCAUCGAGCAGAUCUUGGAAACGGACAAGGAAGACGAAAGUUUGCGCAAGUAUAAGGAGACGCUUCUGGGAGAAGCAAAGUCCGGCGGCAUCGUAAUAGAUCCUAGUGAUCCUAGAAAAGUAAUAGUGAAGAAAUUGGCACUAUGCGUCGCCAAUCGACCGGAUAUGGAACUGGAUUUGACCGGUGAUUUAUCGCAGUUGAAGAAACAGACAUUUGUCAUCAAGGAGGGCGUGAGCUAUAGAAUCAGGAUCGAUUUUAUUGUGCAACGCGAGAUCGUGCAUGGAUUAAAAUAUGUUCAAAAGACUUAUCGCCUUGGUGUACCUGGAGUUACGGUUGACAAAAUGACACAUAUGGUAGGCUCGUAUCCUCCUAAAACAGAGCUUCAGUCUUACACUACUCCAGCUGAAGAUGCGCCAGCCGGUGUCGUAGCGCGAGGCUCAUACAGCGUUAGUUCUCUCUUUACGGACGACGACAAGCAUGAACAUCUCAAAUGGGAAUGGGCGUUCGAAAUCAAGAAGGACUGGAAAGAAUAAGUCGUCUUCUCCGAAAGGACGAUAAUUUACAAUUCCUUACUACUUUACGAGUAAUAAUUAAGGACGUAAAAUGCCAAAAUGCAAUUGGAUGGAUGAAUUUUAAUAUUCUUUAGUUGUGGUUGACGUUGCCAUAAGAAUUAUUUACAUAU